ACGGCCGGACGGGGCCGCACUGCGCAUGCGCCGACGCACCGAGGAGGCGGUGGCGGCGCCGAUUGCGCAUGCGCAGCGCCUGCACGUCGGCGCCAUCUUCUCGCCCGCCUACGCGCCUGCGCAUUGUCGCUUCUCCGGCCGGUCGCCGCUCGCCUUCCGCGGCGGGGACGGUGCUUGAUGAACCCGUACCGGGCCCGGUCUUCUCCCGCCCCUUCUCCCGGUUCCUCCUCCUCCCUCCCGGGUUGUGGGCGGGAGGUGACGUGCUCCCGUGGCGGCAAAAUGGCGGCGCCCAGGAACCACCGACCGCCGACCUCUCCCGCUUAUUCACCGUGCGGCAACAUGGCGGCCGGCACCUCCUGGCUAUCCCGGAUGAGUAUCGACUCUCUGAUUGGUUACCCCACCGCGAACCCUCCUCCUUCCGCCUUUUUAUUUGUACGGUGUCAUGGCGGCGCCCGCUCCCCCGGCGCGACCGGGUACGACUUCCGGUCUUGCGCAUUACGCGCCGCCGGCCGCCGCUCGGUGUGGCGGCGCUCGGGCGCCGGAACGGACCGAAGAGGCGGGACCCCCCCGUGAAGCUGCCCGCGCUCAGUGCGGGGGAGGGGAGGGGUGUCUCUCCCCCCCACCCCACCCCCCCCCGCCAUGGCGACCCCCCGCCCUGUGGCAUCAUCGUCUUGGACGACGAGGAUGAGGGGGUCCCCGAACCCUCCCCCGCCCCCGCUGGCCCCUCCCCCUCCUCCUCCGCCCCCCCGCCCCUCCCCCAGCCCAACGGGGGAUCCCCCGGCAGCCCGGGGCCCCCCCAGAGCGGGGGGAGGGGGGGCGGCGCCUACAAGGCGGAAAACGAGCGGCUCUUCGGAGAGUUCCUGGAGCUCUGCACCCGCCUGACGCAGGAGCACCCUGAGGUCAUCCCCUUCCUCUCCAACCGCCACCAAAAAACCAGCCCCGACUUCCUGGCGUCGGCCGAACUCCGCAACGUCCUGGCGCGGUGUCUGAGCCGCGUCCGCGCUCGGCGGGACAAAGUCUACGUCUACAUCAAUGAGCUCUGCACCGUCCUCAAAGCUCACACCUCGCGACGCAAGCUGACCCUCCUCCCCGUCCCUUCCUCCUCUUCCUCGCCUCCUCCUCCUCCUCCCGUCUCGCCUCAACCGCCCGUCUCUCCCGCCGCCGUUUCUCCUCGGCCUCCCGGCGGUUCCAAACGUCAGAUCCGUUAUUUGGAGAACCUCCUUCGCGUCUACAUGGGAGAAAUCCGACGUCUGCAAGAACGGGAGUUGGAUUUGGCCGAGUUGGACAGCGAAGACUCGACGUAUCUCCAGGAGAGUCGCCUCAAACGGAAGAUGAUGCGGAUUUUCGAACGUCUCUGUCAACUCAAGCAGUGCAGCAGCCUGACGGGUCGCGUCAUCGAGCAACGCAUCCAAUACCGCGGGACGCGUUACCCCGAGGUCAACCGUCGCAUCGAACGCUUCAUCAACCGUCCCGAGGUCUUUCCCGAUUACACCGAUAUCCUCAAGGUCAUCCAGAAAGCCAGCGCGCGUCACAGCUUGGGUUUGGCUCGACGGCAGAUGGAGAGCAUGGCUCAGGACGCUUUCCGGGAGGUGGGGAACCGUUUGCAGGAACGACGUCACCUCGAUCUGGUUUACAACUUUGGAAGUCACCUGACGGAUCAGUAUCGGCCGGGGAUGGAUCCAGCCCUGGUUGACCCUGAACUUGCCAAACGCCUGCGGAAGAACCGGACGAUGGCCUUGACGCGUCUGGAUGACGUCAUCUCCCACUACGCCCAACUGCAGGAUGAGAGCGAGGAGGAAGAACGCGGGCGCAAACGGGCGGCACGACAGCGGGGAACCACCCCCGCCCCGCCCGGGGGUUCCCCCCAACCCGCCGCCACGCCCACCAAGAGCCGCCACGCCGCCGGUGGGAAGAGCCGGGAGGAAGAGGAAGAGGAAGAAUCGGAGGAGGAAGAGUCGGAGGAAGAGGAGGAAGAGGAAGAAGAGGAGGAAGACGACGACUCGGAGGGUGAUGGCAGCCGGGGCAAAGAGGAGGAGGAGGAGGAGGAGGAGGAGGAGCGCAGCGAUGAAGGCAGCGAGGCAGCUGCGGCACAGGGUGACACCGUUUCGCACAACCACCCCCCGUCCCCCCCACCGGUGACGGUGACGCCGUGGCCGCCUCCCGACGAGGAAGAAGAGUCAACGACGACGACGACGACGACGAAGGAAAUGAUCUCCCCGAGUCCGGCGCCGGAACUCUUCGUCCUGGAAAUCGAAACGUUACCCCUAGAACCCGGCGAGACCCCCCCGUCUUCUCCCCGCCCCCCCGGGGGGUCCGAGGCCACCCCAAAAACCUCCCCCCCGUCGCCGCAACCUUCCGAACCUCCCCCCCCCCCCUUCGCCGAUCGCCGUAUCGUCCCGGACUCCAGGAGCCGCCUGGAGCUGAACGUCGGGGGGAGCCCCUGCAUCGAGGUGCACAGCGUGGGGGAGGAAGAGGAGGAGGAGGAGGGGGGGGGUCCCGGGGCGCUGCCCCCCCCUCCCCACCACAGCCCCCUCCCCGACUCCACCCGGGCCGAUUCCCCCGGGAGGGACCUGGUGAGCAGCUCCCAGGGCAGCCCCCACUGCCCCCCCCCGCAAGGCCUGCAAGUGACCCCCCCCGAUGUGGGGGACCCCCCCCCCCGCCAGACCAGCGUGGCGACGCAGUGUGACCCCGAGGAGAUCAUCGUGCUGUCGGACUCGGAUUAGCCCCGCCCCUCUCCGUCUUAGCCCCGCCCCUCUUCGGCCUGACCCCGCCCCUCUUCGGCCUGACCCCGCCCACUCCUCGGCUUGGCCCCGCCUCCCCGCCAAUAAAGCUCCGUUUUGUU